GCAACGCAGCAGACUGUGGACUUUGAGAGCAAGUGGUAUCAACAAGCUGCGGCCACUAGGGAGAAGCACAAGGUCUCUCUGAGUUUCAAACCACAGAGAGCUCUGGCACGUGCAAAGUGGUACCGCCAUCGGAAAGGUAUCCACGUUUUGAGCCGUUCACAGCUCCUGCAACUGAUCAAGACGCUCAAGGCGCACCAUUCAAAAGACCCUGGGCUCCUCAAGACAAUCACGAUGGAGACUCAAGAAUCCUAUGCCUGGAAUUGUCCUUGCGGACGGCUUUGCGGGAAGAAGCAUGCGCAUUGUCCGGAUUGCCAAGGGCACUGGACGGCAGGCACUCCCCAUUCAAACAGGCCCAAGUCACCAAGGGCCUAUGCCAACCAGGAGGAUUGGUCAUGGGAAUGGUCAGCAGACCACCAGAAAAGGGGACGAGGUGCCAAACAAAACCAGAAGGCGUGGACGAGAAGCGCGAGUGCAAGAGCAAGGGCAGGCAAAGGCAAAGGGAAAGGGAAAAAGACGGAUGUGGUGUCACCGUUUUCCCAGAGCACUUCUACACCUUGGCCAUCGCCGGAAACCACUCUUGCAUUUCCGACGCCAUUCCCACAGCAGACCCCUACUGCACCGGCUUCAACGGCACAGAGCUCAGAUGCCAACGACAUCGAGCUUAUGCUGGCUGUGAAGGAGCAGUACCCCGACAUCACCAAGGCACCAGCCAGGAUCCAACAGGCUGUGGCCAAGGCGGAAAAGAAGACUACGCCAAAACAAUUGACGUCAGGUCUUCACAAGACAUCGAGUGCAGUCGGGAACGCCACCAAGGAGUUGCAAGCCCUCAAGGAUGCAAAGGCCAAGCACAGAGAGCGCUGGCUCAAGCACUUGCACGAAUCAGUGCAAUGCUGGGAACAGCAACUCAAGCUCUAUUCGGAGCAGCAGCACAACUACAAUGGCCUCAUCAAAAAGGCCAGGCAAGACCUGGCCACGGCGAGGCAAACCUUGGAGGACCUCAACAAGAAGGCCGCAGGCCACGACGAAGCAGAUCCGGAGACGGCAGAGCUCGAAGAUACAAAAUAUGCAGACACAGAAGCAACAGCCCUGGCUGCCCAAGUCCAACAGGUCUUGCAGGCCUGUGCCAAGGCGGCAACAAAGGAAGAGACGAUGGAGAUCUCCGAUACAGAGGAAACAACGGCCCCAGCCAGCAAACGCCAAAGGUCGCUCGAGCCAUUUGGUGGACCACCUGCUGGUGCCAUUGGUGCUGAUGCCUACCCCUUUGGUGAAUGGGGUGCAGCAAGCAACAUGGAUCUGUUGGCGUCUUUUACCUGUCCCUUGACAGCCUGUCACAGCGCUAUCUGGGACCCUUCAAUCCUCUUCACGGACACAUUCACAGCAUUGGGUCGAGCUGUACAUCUUCGAGGAGAAGUACUACUGGCCUCUUGCUUGUCGGCGUCACCGGCCGUUCCUAUCACCACCUCUUCCAGUUCGCUUAUGUCUGAGUACAAAUCCUCCUGCCGCAAAUCGGCUUUGACGAAAGCAUGCAACAAAGUCCAUUUUUGCAAGUUCAUAGAAGCUUACCAAGUGACUGGCUUCGCAUCGAUUGAGCCCCUGAAUGUGACAGAGUUCUUUGAUGAGAUCAGCUUGAUGGCACGUGCUCCAGCACAACGGCCACCAUCGGUGAGCUCCUACACUGACUCAGAUCUUGAGAUACAUCCUCCAACAUCACCGGAAUCCUUUGAAGAAGCCUACAUGUGGAAUUCUGUUCAAGUUUUCGAUAUGAGAGGCAACCAGGAUUUGGAUCGAGCGCAUGUUCAUCCAUACCUGUUGUUAGGGCAUGAAGAUCUCUUCGAUGGAGAUGAGCGCAUUGCUGUGUUGAUUGACCUCGAACUGCAUGGGCCCAAUUUUGAGUCCAUCAUUGAGACAGACCGCUACACCACCUUUGUGCCACCACACAUCCAUAGAGAGUUUCUCUUGCGAUUGGCCGGGGUUGCUUCUUACUGCCAGCUGCAACAGGACAGAUGCUUGGUUUGGCACCAAGGGAACCUGGUUGCCCAGCAGUCAAGCGCGUUGCUUCAAGUACAUCAUGGUGAUUACUUGCGCAUUGCUGCACCCCCAUUUGAUGAACCUUCCAUCCCGACACACUUCGCUGUGCGUGCUUGUCAAGCGGGUUUUGAUCGUGACCAGUUGAUUUCGCAUUUUCAACAAUAUGGAGCUGAUGAUGAAAGCCUAUACACAAUGAUCACGAACGAACAGAACACGCCUGAGGUGGAAGGACAGACCAACACUACGCAUGAAGAACAUGACCAGUUGAGCAACUUGCAAACUGCUUUCCGACAGCUGCCGGCAUGUCUCAUUUCAAGCAAACUACCAGGACAAGAUCAACAAGGAAAUGUUUCCUGCAGCCUCACAGAAGAGUUCCUUCAAGCAAUCCGAGCUCGAAGCCAACUUACUGAGGAACUGCCACAGGGACCUCUACCUUUCCCAGAUCUCUCAACUGCUCCUGCUUUUGUACGACAAUUGCACGAAGCUCACUAUCAGGCUACUGCGGGCGUGCCCCCAACUGCCGACCAACAAGAGCUACGAGUUGAAACCUGGUUCACAGAUCAUGCACGACUACAACGCUGCCAUAUCCCUCGGUUAGUCCAGCUUGGCCCUGACUUCCGAACCUGGGAGCAACAGAUUCGGCUUGAAUGGAUCGACCAUAUCGAUCUUCGGUCAGAGGUUGAAUUCUACGUUGUGCAUCCAAUUCCUGAAGACAAGGAUCCAACAGCAGUAGCACAGCUCAUACUGGUCCAACAUGCUGACAUGCGACAGAGCUCUAUUGUGCUUUCCAUAUAUGAUCGGGCGUACGAUGGAGGCCGACCCCAUUCACACGCAGUGGUUACUGCUGACAGGGUCAGCUUGCAAUCCCUCAUCUCAAUUGCAGAAUUCAGUGAACACUGUCCGCCUGAAGCUCCACUGAAUGACUGCCAUCUCCGAUUUGGGGAGAUCGUUGUACAACCAUAUCAACGAGUCGCAGUACGACAUGGAUUUGCACUCCAACUGCACAUCAACCGGCCUCGAGAAUUUGACGUUACCGAAAUGGCAGCUAUGAAUGAGGAUGAACUCAGAGAUGCGUUGGCACAGGCCUUCUCCGAUGCCUCGCACUACAUGAACACUUUCUCUACGGCAAAUGUUACAAUGAGUGAAACCAUUGUGCCUGUCGAUGAACACUGGCUACCUGACUGGCACAACAGUCUGCUGACAGCCAUUGACAUUGAUGGGCAUCAGGCACUGCGAGAUGGUUCAGCAGUAUAUGUUGACACAUGGAUUGGAGAUGGGGAUUUACUCACCAUCGAAGCCCGUCCGCCUGACAUCGGCCAGGAAGAGGAGACGGUUGGUCUUCUGCAAACUACAAUUGAGUUACAAGCGAUUGAUUGCGAAGACAAACAACGCUCUGGUUUCCACAAGAUCCCACUCUUCCUAUUGCAGUCGCAACCACCAAAUACCAGCCUGAGAAAUGACGCUCCUUUGCAAGAAGCACCGCAGUUUAUGCGCUCGACUGGCGGUGAGCGUCCAGCUCACACUGAUGAGGCUGCACAACAAUUUCUUCCGGCAGGACUUUCAGCUCUGCGAGAGGCAUUUGGAAUGCACGCUGCAGUCGAAGUUGAAGAAGAAGGGCAAGUUGGCUUCGUGGAAACCUGGUUUCUCACUGGUGAGCGAGCAUAUGUCACUGAAGAGUCACGCACUCUACGCCUUGACGAUCAGCACCAUGAAUGGGAAUCUCAGCUGAGGGAUCUGUGGCGCGACGUGAUUGACCGCGCACAACCAACCCAGUUUUAUUGGGUCACUCCAAGACCAGCUGAACUCCCCACUCAAGCCCGACUUGGACAUCUGAUCGUUGCUCAAGUGCAAACACAAGCAGUAGUCCCAGUACACUUUACCAUUCAGUUUGCUGGCCUUGGGCAUCAAACGAUCAAGUUUGCUGCGGCACUACUCGCCGUCCCUGUCCGGUUUCAAGCUGCCAGAGACUUGCUACAGCUGGCCCGGUUAUGCCUCAAUCGACGCUGUCGCUUGAAAUGGCGUGAACUUGUUUGGAGUGUUGAGGAUGCAGUACAGGUUCCAGCUGGCAGUGGUUUAGAAUUCCUUCUUGAUCGUGUCCAAGAUCGAGUUGGAGAGGAUGAUGUUAUCAAUCCUGAUCUACCAACUACAGAUCUCGAGCCACCUGAACCACUUCCACCAGCACAUCCACCUCUACAUGAACACUCUGCGUUCAUUCAAGAACUGCAUGACCGCUGGCUUGAUUUGGCCAUAGCGGGACCAGGUGGCCUUGAGCACAUCCUCCGAGUCCAGACUUGGUAUCUCGAGGGCGGCUACAUCCGACACAACGAUGAACAGCGAACAGCAGUCCUUGGUGAAGAUUUCUGG